AUGAAGAUUGCUUGGUUUACAGUGGCGGACAAACAGAAGGAUGAUUCGUAUCGUCACAGCGCCCUUGAAGUGAUGGUAUCGUUGUGUGAGAGUGGAACGAAUAUGGUCAAAAAGAAGGCAUCGAAUUUUAUACCAACGUUGUUAGAGCAAUGUCUGGGUUUAAUGACUGAACUGGAGGAUGAUGCAGAGGAGUGGUUAUCGUGCGACAAUGCUGAGGAGGAUUCUGAUGAAGAGUUAGUGGUUGUGCAGUAUUGGUUGAGUUCGAUUUGGAUGAGAUUAAAUGCGGGUAUCGGUGAGACGUCAUUGGAUCGCAUUUCGUGUGCACUCGGUGGAAAGGCCAUCCUGCAGCCAUUCCUACAGAUCAUUCCGAGACUCAUUCAAGACACUCAAAACUGGAAGAAUCGUCAUGCGGCAAUUAUGGGUCUGUCAACGAUUGGCGAGGGUUGUCGUAGGCAGAUGGAGCCGAUGAUUGAACAAAUUGUUGAUACUGUUCUUGGCUUUCUUCAAGAUGAGGUGGUGAAUGGACUGUGCACGUUGCUGGUGGAUCUGUCGUGUGCUCGUGUUGCAGCACAUGCCGGUGCGGCUCUGGUGAACUUUAGUGAGGAUUGCCCGAAAGCAAUCAUCGCGUUGUAUUUGCCACAAAUAAUGGAGAAGCUGGAAUUCGUUUUGGAACAUACAUUCAAGCAGUUGCUUGAACGAGGCAAGAAGUUGGUGUUAGAGCAAGUGAUAACAACAAUCGCAUCGGUUGCGGACGCCGCACAGGAUCAAUUUGUUUCAUUCUAUGAUCGGUCGGUCGGUAAUUUUCCAAUUGCUAAAUCUCUAACAAACAUAUUGCAGGUUGAUCGGACNAUUGAAUGUAUUUCGCUGAUUGGUUUGGCGGUUGGCAAGGAGAAGUUUGGUAAAGAUGCAAAUGAAAUAAUGCAAAUGUUACUGGCGAAUCAAGCGCAGUUUGAGCAUAUCUCUGACGACGAUCCACAGGUGUCCUAUAUGAUAAGCGCAUGGGCUCGUAUCUGUAAGAUACUCGGUGAGGAAUUCGCCACCUAUCUGCCAUUGGUGAUGCCACCCGUAAUGCAAGCUGCAUCGAUCAAGCCGGAUGUGACCAUAAUGGAUGGUUAG